CAGUGCAUACGAGAAUCGAACCGAUCGGUCCGUUGGUCCAAUGCAACACUCCCGAGCCAAACAAGUCAACUUUUGGAUAUUAAUUCAAGACUAGCAUGUGUUCGAUCCAAUGUAAUCAGGUACGGUGUAUUCAGGGUCCCAUGGUUAUGCGUCCUUGCUGCCUUGCCUCAUUAGUCGGCUCUCCUAAGCUCUUGGUUAUCGGCGAGUGUUCCUGUUCCUGUCAAAAACUUGGGUGUCAAAGGAAACGUUGGUCACCGAGGAGUGUCCCUAUCAAAACUUGGGCGUGAAAGAAGAACAUGGUGUUAUGAAGGUUCAGAAAUGGGCACUCUACAGACUUCUUUUGAAGGACCCCACAUCUUGCGCUUUCAUGCUUCAAGACUGUGCCAGAACCAGGCAACUGAACAAGGGCAAAGAGCUUCAUGCCCACAUCAUAACGACAGCAAAGCAGCCGUCCAUCUUUGUCUCCAACCAUCUCAUCAACAUGUACUCCAAGUGUGGGGGCAUGGCUUGUGCGUUGCAGGUGUUCGACGAAAUGCCUCAACGAAAUCUUGUCUCUUGGACGGCUGUUAUUUCUGGCCUUUCUCAGAACGGAGCGUUCCAGGAAGCUCUUCGUUUCCUUGAAGAGAUGAGGAUAUCAGGGUGGCAGCCGAGUCAGUUUGCGCUUUCGUGCGCUGUUCAGGCAUGCGCUGCUUUAGGCUGGGUUCAACAUGGAAAACAGCUUCAUUCACUGAUUCUAAAAACUGGGUUUGGCUCGGAGUUAUUCGUUGGAAGCAAUCUCAUUGAUAUGUAUUCAAAAUUUGGGCUGUUGGUUGAUGCUCAGGAUGUGUUUAAUGGGAUGUCGGCCAAAGAUAAGGUGUGUUGGACUGCUCUAAUUGACGCCUGCAGUAAAAACGGUGAGUUUUCUGAAGCUCUUCGAGCUUUCAGAAAGAUGAACCUUGAUGGUAUACCAGCUGAUCAACAUGUUCUUUGCAGUGCGUUGAGUGCAUGUGGAGGGCUGAACAGCUUGGCGACGGGAAAAUCACUACAUGCUAGCGUCAUUAAAUAUGGGUUCGAGUCAGAUAUUGUUGUUGGUAAUUCUCUGAUUGAUAUGUAUUCCAAGUCCGGUGAUGUGGAAAGUGCAUCCCUUGUAUUUUCGUUGGACUCUGAGAUGGUGAAUGUUGUAUCCUGCAGUACAUUGAUCGACGGCUUUGCCGAAAAUGACGAAAUCGAGAAAGCCAUGAAUAUUUACCUCAACUUGCGAAGGCAAGGCAUUGUUCCUAAUGAAUUUACCUUCUCUAGUUUGCUAAAAGCUUGUGCUAGCCAAGCCGCACUAGAACAGGGAAAGCAGCUUCAUGCCCAAGUGAUCAAGGCUGAGUUUGCAGCUGACCCGUUUGUUUCUACAGUUCUUAUUGACAUGUAUGGGAAGUCUGGACUUCUUGAAUCAUCUCUCCAAGUGUUCCAUGAGAUCCAGGAUAAGACGGAUAUCGCAUAUAAUGCAACCAUAGGAGUAUUUGCACACCACGGUUAUGGCAGGAAAGCAAUCCAACACUUCGAGAAAAUGGUCUCAAAGGGAAUGGAGCCCAAUGCAAUUACUUUUGUAAAUCUCCUGACUGCCUGUAGUCAUGCUGGCUUAGUUGAUGAGGGGCUAAGUUAUUUCAAUUCAAUGUCAAUGCGGUUUAAUUUUACACCCAGAGGCGAGCAUUCUGCGUGUGUAAUUGAUCUUCUCAGUCGAGCAGGCAGACUUAAGGAAGCAGAAGAAUUCAUUAAAGCAAUGCCUUCAGAACCUAAUGCAUUUGCCUGGUGCUCAUUGCUGGGGGCCUGCAGGAGGCAUGGUGAUGCAGAAAGAGGUAAGCUCGCUGCAGAAAAACUAAUGAUGCUUGAGCCAGAGAACAAUGGAACCCAUGUUUUGCUUUCUAAUUUAUAUGCCACAGUAGGACAGUGGGAGGAUGUGAAGAGUGUCAGAAAGCUGAUAAAGGAAACUAAGGUGAAGAAGUUACCUGGUUACAGUUGGGUGGAUGUGAACAACAAAACUCAUAUCUUUGGUGCAGAGGACUUCUCUCAUCCUCAGAAGAAACAGAUUUAUGAGAAACUUGAAAGUCUUUCCGAUCGAAUGAGGGAAGCAGGUUACAUUCCCUACACUGGAUCUGUCUCAAGUAAUGUUGAAGAAUGCUUGAAAGAGAAGCUUCUUCAGUAUCACAGCGAGCGGAUUGCCUUGGCAUUUGCGCUCAUCAGCAUACCAAGUGAGAAAGAAAUCAUUGUAAAAAAGAAUCUUAGAAUCUGUGUGGAUUGCCAUUCGGCAAUCAAGUUCAUAUCUAAAAUUGUUGGAAGGCAUAUAAUUGUAAGGGACAAUAGCAGAUACCACCAUUUCAGAGAUGGCUUAUGCUCUUGUGGAGACUAUUGGUGAUUUAAGUGGCAGUUUAUUCUUUGCAUUAAUUAUCCUUCAAUCGACUUACAAAUUUGAAUUCUGUUGUAACUUCCUCCUACAUUUUCUGUUGUAGACAAUCUUUGAUGUAUGUAUAUAAAAUGAACGCCAAGUC